CCUACGUAACUCUCUCAGAUUACAGAUAUCUUAAAAUCUGCCUUUUCACAUACCCCUUUACUAUGUCAAAGAUGAUAUGUUACGGUUUGUCUUCUGUCGUAGGCGUUUGAAAAGCUAAGCGAUAUCAACCUAUUUUGCAAGGCAGCGGUGAAAUUAAGAUUAUAAAGGAAUUAUACAGAAGUUAUUUCUUUUGUCCUCAAUUAUUGACACGACCGCUGCUGGUAUGCAUUUUGUUUUCUAAACUUUACGUCUCAAAAACCUGACAUCAUGGACACUUCCGAUAUUCCCCGCAUUAUUUUCCGAUCUAUAGGGCUGAUUAUGCUGUGCGCUCAGUGCGUUCAGCAUUUUCCGACUGUUCGGGAAGGAAUCACAAGGUAAAUGGCAGGAAUGUGGUUUGCUGGCUGAAUUAUCCUGAUAAAAGGAAGAAGAGGAUUUCUCCCCAUGAAUGGACACAUCGAUCUGCGUUUACCGUUGUCCCUACACGAAGUGGUGCUAAAAACCUGUACAGCAGGGAGUUGUCAGAACCCAGACCUCGAGGUGCCUGGUGUCCUGCAGGCCAGCCCUGCCACUCUUGGUUUGUGUGUACCUUGCAUCAGGCAUGGUGUAACUGUGUGGGAGAACGGAGCCUGCAGGACACUAGUCACUCAGGCCCGGAAGGAGUACUCAGGCUAGAGCUUUUUGAUGAUUUGGGGUGUUAACAUGCAUUUUGACUUCCCAGUUUGACCUGAUAAUCCUGCUUUCAUGUUAAUUUGCUACGUGCAUUUUUUUUUUCAUGAGGAUUGGUCUUUAUUAGAAAUAGAUAUAUUUCCAUCAUGCGCAAACAGCAGUACCCGGCAACCUUUGGAUGACAGGGGGGCUGUGGCAAUUGUAGAUAAGUAGUGUCACCAUGAAUCACAUUAAUACCAGGAGUGUCAUGCAUGCAGCCGGCCCUCUAGCCUGCGCUUUGUACACCCCCAGCCCUUGAGCCUGUGUGCUUCCACUAGGUGGAGGCUCUUCCUCCCUCUAGCCUCCGUUUCUCCCCUCUGCCCCCGUCAACCCCGGAGCUCCCUAUGUUAACCCUCUUGAGCAUGUUUUACUAUAUCUGUCUGCGGCGACGCUCCAGGAGUGGGACUCGAGGUGAGGCUCUGACCAGUCGACGGGCCGUGGAGUCAGGUCAGCGAGCGGUGUUGCCGGUCAGUGUGGAGGUGGAGCAGUAUGCAAAGGAGGUUCUGGACUUCAGUUCCCACUAUGGCAGUGAGAAUAGCAUGUCCUACACCAUGUGGAACCUGGCUGGGGUACCCAACGUGUACCCCAGCUCAGGGGACUUCACCCAGACGGCUGUAUUCAGAGCUUAUGGGACUUGGUGGGAACAGUGUGCCAGUGCUCCGCCACCUUUCCGCCGCACCCCUAAAGGCUUCUACAGCCAGGAUUAUAUUGAGCUGGGCUUUGAGGAGCCUGUCUAUCCUACAGCAGUAGAGGUGCUUGAGACUUAUUACCCUGGAGCUAUUGUCCAGAUCCUGGCCUGCUCUCACAACCCCUUCUCCCAGAACCCACCUACUGAUGUCAGGUAACAACAGCCAUCUGUUCUGGAAAACCAUCAUCAAUCAUUCUAAGUGCUCCACUAAGAUAU